AUGUAAAUUUUCAGCAGUGAAUCCUCGGAGUUUUCAAAUUCUAAUGAUUACAACUCUACCUAUCAGGAUUUAGAAUAAUUUACAGAGAUAAUUCAGCCUAGCAUAUUAACCGAGAAUUAGUUGCAGUUGGAGAAUAGCAGAAAUGAUCAAGAAAUUGCUAAUCCAGAGGAAAUCUAUUUCAUUAAUGAAGAACCUACUUAAGAAUAGUCACUUGGAGUAGAUUUAAAUUUUGAUGAAACUCCAACUGAGAUUAUUAUGCAAGACUAAGAAGAACUUAAAGAGGAGGAUGAAAGCUAUUGA